AUGAGCCAAUCGAAACUAGACAACUCAAAACAAAAGUACGCGGUUAUCACAGGUGCCUCGUCUGGCAUAGGGUAUGCGCUAGCAAAAGCCUUUAGCAAGAGAGGUUACAAGGUGAUUGGCGCAUCCCCACAAGCUGUCUUACAUUUACAGGAUCCUCUUGUUGCUGAGUAUGGAGUGAUUUCAGUUCCGUGUGACAUCACAAACCUUGAUGAUUUGAAGAGAUUGAAAGAUGUUGUCUUUAAAGAAACAGGAGGCUAUGUGGAUAUCUUGUACAACAACGCUGGAUUGGCCAUUCAUGGUGCCGCAGCUGAGAUGAACGAAGCAAAAGUGAACAAGAUUUUCCAAGUAAAUGUGAUUGGUCAUAUUAACGCCACCAAACAACUUGCACCGUACGUCAUCAAUGCCAAAGGAUCUAUUGUUUUCACCAGUUCAGUUGCAGCAAGAGUGCCCCUUGCUUGGAUUAGCAUCUAUAGUGCAACGAAAGCAGCCAUUGACGCAUACGCACAAACAUUACAUGGAGAAAUGGAACCAUUCGGCGUAAAGGUACACAGUAUUAUCACAGGCGGGGUAAUCACAGAAAUUGGAGAAAGGGAAAGCGUUGCUGAAGUUGAAAAUCAGUUCAGGGACUCCUAUUACAAUGUUGAAGGUAUCCGUGAAAGUAGCACAGCAGCAAAGGAAAUGAGUGGGCAUGGAGUUACUGCUGAACUAUAUGCCAGGGAUAUAGCUCGUAAAGUGUUGAAGAAGCUGAAAAAGUUUAACUUGUACGGUGGAAGUGCCUCGUCUGGUAUUGGAUACGAACUUGCCAAAGUGUUUAGCAAGAGAGGUUACAAGGUGGUUGGCGCAUCCCCACAAGCUGUCUUACAUUUACAGGAUCCUCUUGUUGCUGAGUAUGGAGUGAUUUCAGUUCCGUGUGACAUCACAAACCUUGAUGAUUUGAAGAGAUUGAAAGAUGUUGUCUUUAAAGAAACAGGAGGCUAUGUGGACAUCUUGUACAACAAUGCAGGAAUCGCUAUCGGUGGUCCUGCAGCUGAGAUGGACGAAGCAAAAGUGAACAAGAUUUUCCAAGUAAAUGUGAUUGGUCAUAUUAACGCCACUAAACAACUUGCACCGUACGUCAUCAAUGCCAAAGGAUCUAUUGUUUUCACCAGUUCAGUUGCAGCAAGAGUGCCCCUUGCUUGGAUUAGCAUUUACAGCGCCACAAAAGCAGCCAUUGACGCAUACGCACAAACAUUACAUGGAGAAAUGGAGCCUUUUGGAGUCAAAGUGCAUAGUGUAAUUACAGGCGGAGUAAACACUCAAAUCGGUGCGGAAGAAACAGUUAAGGAGGCCGAGAAGCAGUUUGGCAACUCGUUAUUCAACGUUGAUGGCGCUAUAGAAAGUGGAAUUGCAGCGAAGGAAAUGAGUGAGAAGAACGGAGUUAGUGCUGAACUGUAUGCCAGGGACGUUGGCCGAAAGGUAUUGAAGAGACUGAAAAAAUUCAACUUGUACGGUGGAAGCAGUGGUUAUACCUUACAUUUUAUUGGAAGCUCGUCAUCUUCGGCUGAGCAUCCCAUCGCCGACCCUGCAGUUGAUUUUGAGAAGAAUUGGUCCAUCUUGCAAAAUGCAAUCACUCAAAUACAAAGCAAAAAUGUCUCAAGCCUUUCUUACGAGCAACUAUACCGUAAAGCUUAUGUUUUAGUAUUGAGGAAAUUUGGAGGGCAGUUGUAUGAUAACGUUGCAGAGACAGUAAAAAAUCACUUGCUAGUCGAGAGAUCGAAGUUGUUGAGUUUGGGUUCUAGCCCCGAACAAUUCAUGCGUUUAUUGAUUCAAGAAUGGGAUGAGCAUUUGCAAAGUAUGAAGUUUAUCAGUGACGUUUUGAUGUACCUCAACCGUGUGUAUGUGAAGGAGCACAAAAAGCUUCUUAUUUAUGACUUGGGUGUUCAGCUCUUUAAGGAGAACGUGGUGACGUACAACAACAACGAGAUUGGACAGCAAAUGAUUCAAGUUGUCCUUGAUGAGAUUAGUAAGAGCAGAAGGGGAAUAGUGGUGACUUCGAAUAUGUAUAUUACGAAGAUCAUACACAUGAUGGAGCUGUUGACGGAAGGCAAUUUAUCUUCUGAAAUGCAGUAUGGUGAUAAUUACUACCAGACCGUGUUUGAACCGAUAUUCUUGACAAGCUCGGAGGAAUUCUUCCAAGACUUGUCGAAGGAUUUUAUUGCAUUUAAUCUGGGAUCCAGGUAUUUACAUGCCGCUUCUCAAUUCAUUGACGACGAGGAAAAGCGGAUCAAGUUUUUUUUACCUCAGGGUACACACUUAAAAGUAUCUACAUUAAUGGACAAUAUCCUUAUAAAGGAUAAAAUUGACAAGGUCAUUCAACUGCUGCACGAAGGGCUCGAUUAUUGGCUUCAACCUGCAAUAGCAAAUCUCACAAGAGAGACGAUCUCUCAGGAUCCUAACCAUCAUACUGAAUUGAAAUUACUAUAUCGCCUCAUAGGAAGGAUUGGUGAUGAGUUUCAGCUUUUGAGACUUCGAUUGAGGGAGGCUAUCAUAGCACAAGGAAGUACAAUACCGGACAUAAUACGUUCCACAGUGGAGGCCACUGGGUUUGAGAAGAAAGGCGGUUCAUCGGCACAUACGACGUUUGCAAUCAAAUGGAUUGAUGCUGUUCUCAAUUAUAAAUUAUCAGUUUCACAGAUUUGGAAAGAUUCUUUUGACCAGAAUCCAGUUGUUGAACAAACUUUGACAUACGCGAUGAGGGACUUUAUAAAUAGUGCCAAGGGUAGAAAUUCAACGGCAAGCAUAAAUGCUCCGGAGCUACUUUCUAUCUACAUGGACUACUAUAUAAAACAACUAAGUAAGGGUUUGGCUGGUAAAGAAUUGACUUCUCAAUCCGGCGAUCAAACAGAAAACCUAAUUAACAACUCGGUGCAAUUCCUUCGAUUUAUAAAAGACAGGGACGCUUUUGAGGCAUACUAUGCAAAUCACUUUGCUAAAAGAUUUUUAAAUGCAAAAGUUUCAGCUGUUGGGGCUUUAAAAAGUGUUGACAUUGAAGAAAUGGUGCUCUCAAAAUUGUGCGAAGAAAUGGGGUCUUCAUCUUUAGAUAAAGUGAUCAAAAUGAACAAAGAUAUAAAGCUAUCGCGCGAUACAACUCGAGAUUGGAAAAACCAUUUGUCCAGUGUGGACAGACUGUCAUCAAGUUUGAUUGAGUUAGACUUGAAGAUUUGUAAUGUUUCAGUGUGGCCCAAGUCGUUGACAAAAGACUACAAGAAUAGCAAACCAGACGGGGAAGAGUUUGCAUUCAAAUGGCCAAGACAAUUAAGGGAAACAAUACGCGAGUUUGAAGAGUUUUGGCUUUUGGGAAAGAAGAAUGAUAACAAGUCCUUAUACUGGUCCCCCAAGUUUGGUUCAAUCGAUUUGAAAAUUACCUACCCUUCCAAAACACUGGCUUUCGAAGAGAAAAAGGAAUAUUCAUACCGUGAUAUUGCCGAAUUGACGGGUAUUCCGAGUUUAGAACUCAAGCGCCACUUGCAGUCAAUAGCCGUUGCCCCGAAGCUGAGGUUAUUGAUCAAAGUCCCAAUGAGUAAAGACGUUAGAGAGGAUGACGUUUUCCGCUUGAAUGAUAAAUUUAAAUCCCCUACAGUCAAAGUGAAAGUACCGACUGUCUCACUAUCAUCUUCAGCAGCAAGCGGUAAAGGAAAGAAAACCAAGGAGGAAGAAGAGGUGGAAGCAGUGAAUGCAAAUAUUUCAGAAGGAAGGAAAAUAGAGAUUAAUGCUGCUAUAGUGAGGAUUUUAAAGUCUAGAAGAACGGUGAAGCAUAAUGAAUUGAUCGAAGGUUUGAUUAAACAAUUGAGUAACCGAUUUCAACCGCUGGUUGUACAAAUAAAACAAAGGAUAGAAGAUCUUAUUGAUAAAGAGUACUUGGAAAGGGAUGCGAACGAUAGAAAUUUAUACCAUUAUAUAGCAUAG